AGCAACUGCAGCCUUCCCCCUCUGUCCUCUUAUAACCAUGAGCGAGACCGUGCCUAAGCAGCCCGAGGAGAGCAUUAAUCUGUAUGAGGUACUGGGUGUAGAGAAGUCGGCCAGUGAGCUGGAGAUCAAGACCGCAUACCGUAAGCUUGCGCUCAAAUAUCACCCGGACCGAAACGCCGGAUCAGUCGAAGCUGCCGACAAGUUCAAGCAGGCCAGCGCCGCCUACGCCAUUCUUAGUGACCCCAACAAGCGCCGCCAGUAUGACGUCGCAGGUGACAGCGGCAAGGACAUGGAGUUCGAGAGCGUGGAUGUCGAAUCCAUGGGCGGCUUUGGACGCGUCGUGGGUGCGCUCUUCACCAAGAUCGGUAUGCCUAUCCCCACGCAGAUCUCGCAGACUGUGUUGUCUGCUGCUCGUGACCUGUGCGAUGAACGCAACAACUCGACGCAGCUACCGCAAGUCACUCAAAUGGUCUUUGGAAUGGAACGCCACGCCAAGGUGGACAAGCAGGACGCACACUUCUACAAGCUGCAGGUGGAUAAAGACCGCGAGUCCGUCGUCUUCAUGUGCCGCUCGGCCAGUAAGAGCAAAUUCAAAUUGGUUCUGUUCGACCACCACGGAGCUGUGCGUAUGAUGCAGGAGUCGGUCAAGAAGGCGCGCUGCACCGCCGCUGACAUGUAUCUGUCCAGCACUGUGGAGCUCAUGGACCUUAAUCCCGAAUUGUGGCCUGGAGCCAACAGCGACUCGGAAUUACCCGAGAUUUUCAGUAAGCUGUCUCUCUUUGAAGUGCGACGCACUGUGCCACUCGAGAAGGGCGAGCACUUGUUCUGUGUCUACGGAGACAACUGGCUGUCGGCUGUCAAGUACUCGAUCAAGUGCUUGAAGAUCGACGAGCAGUCUCCAGCGCUGCGUAACAUCCAGCAGAGCGAACACGAACUAGCAGGCAUUAAACACGAGCUUGACGGUCUUCAGAAAGAAUAUGUGGCUGCAAAGAAGGCGUUCGAGGAGGUUUGUGCACGUGUGGAAGCCAAGCAGAUCCGCACGGAGGAGCUGUUGCAGGAGCGAGAGCAAUCGUACGAGGCAUUCCUGGCUGGAUGCGACCCCAAUCAGACUGUUGGUCCUUUCGACGAAGCACGUGGCUCCAACACGUCGCAAAAUGGACAAAAAGGAUCGUCGAACGACUCCGCCAGCCCUGCGGGUGGCAUUCGCAAUAUCUUUGGCGGCUUCCAGAACCGCUUUUUCACUGGCAAGGAACGUACGGGCUCCAUGGACUCGGCCAGCAACGCGACGUCGCACAGUCAUUAGUGAGUGCAAAAGUAGAUGCAGUGCAAGUCGACGGAGCAAGAUGAAAGCUAACGUUACAGGUAGCAGUAGGUAGGAUACGCUCAAUUAGUGAUACGAC